CAUACGCGUCGCGGAUGUGUCAGUGAGCGUUCGUGUAUUUUGUGUUUCGUAAUUGUGUUUUAAAUGUGGUUCAAAUGCGUUAUAAUGAGAAAACAUACGCAAAAGUCCAUAAUUAUCAAGUGAUGAGUGCAUUCUGAGUUCAGUGCGUUCGUUUUAGGCUUCUUUUGUAUGUCAUCGAACUUUACAACAUGGCGUCAGCAAGGCACAAAUCACAACAGAAAAACAUUUCUUCGAUAUUCACGAAGCUGCACGGCGCUAUUUCGGACGCCGUGUGUCCUUCCAAGCUGGCCACGGACAAAAAGACUCUAGACAAGACAUGGAAGUUGAUGGACAAAGUCGUCAAACUGUGUCAGCAUCACAAAAUGAACCUGAAAAACAGUCCACCAUUCAUUCUAGACAUUUUACCGGACACGUACCAGCGGUUACGCGUUAUAUACAACAAAUACGAGGACAACAUGCAGGAGUUGAACAACAAUGAACACUUUAAUAUAUUUAUUAUUAACUUAAUUAGGAAGUGUAAGCAGGCGAUUAAGUUGUUUAAGGAGGGGAAAGAAAAGAUGUUUGACGAGAACUCUCAUUACCGUCGUAAUCUGACGAAGCUCAGUCUGGUCUUCAGUCAUAUGCUGAGCGAGCUGAAAGCCAUGUUUCCCAAUGGCACCUUCGCUGGAGACCAGUUUCGGAUCACGAAGAGCGACGCGGCUGAUUUCUGGCGAACCAACUUUGGUAACAGCACCCUGGUCCCGUGGAAACACUUUCGCGAGGAGCUGAACAACGUCCACCCGAUAUCGUCGGGGCUGGAGACGAUGGCGCUGAAGACGACCAUCGACCUCACGUGCAACGACUUCAUCUCCAACUUCGAGUUCGAUGUGUUCACCAGGUUAUUCCAACCCUGGAGCACUUUGCUCCGCAACUGGCAGCUGCUGGCGGUGACGCAUCCAGGAUACGUGGCGUUCCUCACGUACGAUGAAGUCAAGGCUCGACUGCACAAGUAUAUACACAAGGCCGGGAGUUAUGUGUUCAGGUUAUCCUGCACCCGGCUAGGCCAGUGGGCGAUCGGCUACGUGACUGUAGACGGGGAGAUACUACAGACCAUUCCGCAGAACAAGAGCCUAGUCCAGGCGCUGUUGGACGGGUAUAGAGAGGGAUUCUACCUGUACCCCGACGGUCGCGACGUGAACCCCGACCUCAGCAGCGCCAUAAUAUCGCCGGCGGAAGACCAUAUAACGGUCACACAGGAGCAGUACGAGCUGUAUUGUGAGAUGGGCAGCACGUUCCAGCUAUGUAAGAUCUGCGCGGAAAACGACAAGGACAUACGGAUAGAGCCGUGCGGACAUCUACUGUGUACGCCGUGUCUCACUGCCUGGCAGAUUGACUCUGAGGGACAGGGGUGUCCGUUCUGUCGCGCGGAGAUAAAGGGGACUGAGCAAGUCGUCGUCGACGCCUUCGUGCCGCCGAGGCCGCAUAAUACUGAAGUCAAAGUAACAAACACGAAGACAGCCGUGAAGGCAGUGUCGUCGAAUUCCUCAGGAUCGUCUGGGUCCUCUGGAUGUAAUGGAUCUAGUACAGAAAUGUCUAUAAACAACGCGAACGGCUGGUCGACGAGGAACACAACAUUCAACGGACUGACGGACGACAUUGAUGAUUCAGAGGACUGGGCGGAGUUUAACGCGGCUACCUCAACCAUCGACGCGUUACGCCCCGGCGUUAGGUCCGCGGGGGCGUCGCCGCGACACUCCCCACGUGCCGCCCGCAAAGCCCCUCCCACUGAGAACACGUACGGCGAGCUACGCGCCCCACCGCUGCCACCAAGAAAAAGUCUGUCGCCUGCCGAAACGAUUGUAGCCGCCUCGAGCGUGCAGGACAUAGCUGUGGCUAGUUCUAUGGAACCCAGACGUCGUUCAUCCUUAGAACCGGAGCCAGACUCGAGGCACCGGCUCACGUCCAUCAUCACAGGAUCCACGGAAACCAUCACCGGUCUCAUCGACACCAGACAUGAGAUCAUACCACCUGAUCCGAGAGCAUUUGAGAAGCCAAGAAGAGCUUGCACACCUCAAUCCAACAGUAGACCUUUACCAGCACCACCACCAGAAAGACAAGCGGAAAGAUCAGAAACAAAACCAGAAAAAAUAGAUAGGCUGGAAAAACCAGAAAGAAUUGAAAGACCUGAACGCACAGAAAGAGUCGAGAGACACGAUAGAGUUGAAAGGCCGGAGAGGAUCGAUAGACCUGACAGAGUCGAAAGAGAAAGAAUUGAAAGACCGGAAAGGGUCGAUAGACUUGAAAGAGUCGAAAGACCGGAAAGGGUAGAUAGAACAAAUAUUGAAAGGCCAGAAAGAGUAGAAAAAACAAACAUUGAAAGACCAGACAGAGUAGAAAAAACAAACAUUGAAAGACCAGAAAGAGUAGAAAGAACGAAUGUUGAAAGACCCGAUAGAGUAGACAGACUCGAAAGAGUAGAAAGAACAAAUAUAGAAAGACCAGAGAGAACGGAUAGGCAUGAAAAUAAUGAUAGGAUAAAUGAAAAUCAAAGACACGAAAGAACAGAGGAACGAAACGAAAGAUCCGCUUCGGAGAAUAGGCACGACAGAAACGAUAGGCAUAUUGAAUUCAGACAUCCCCCCGAAAGACCGGAAAGGAUACAGGAUAGAUCAUCUUUCGAUCGAGAUACAAGGAUAAAGGAGGAUAAUAAGGCACCACCAAGGCAGAGAAGUCUACCAUCUACUACCAGUGGGAGUAUAGAUCAGCCUCCUAAAUCAACUACUAUGCCUAAAUUUCCAUCAGAAGAUGUGAAAGAUCCGCCGUACGAAAAUGUUGGGUUGGAGAAAGCGGAAAUUCCUAUAGCGCCUAAAAAAAUAAACCCGCUUACACACGACAAACACGGACGUAAGUACGGACACAAUGUUUCAUACGAAAACAUCAAUUUGGACUAUAUUGCAAGAUUGGUGGGUGAGGGGUACCCAAAAGACAUAGUUGUCAGGGCUCUAGGUAUAACUAGGAACGAUCUUGAAAUGGCGUGCGACAUUCUCCACGAAUUCGGAUCGAAAGUUCAACAUAAAUGUUAAUAAAAGCUAGUAUCCAAAAAAAUUGGGAACUAGCUAAAAAAAAACACGAACGCGACAAAAUAAAGUAACCCUGUGAAAUUCUAAAAAAAAAAAACGUUCGUGUGAUCUGAUGUUUCAAAUGCCAAAACAAAUGAGUGCUUAGUCAAAUUGAAAUAGUUUUGACAGCGUAUUCAGAUGUCACAAACAUUAAAAUUACUUAAGUAUAUGGAAUUUACAUUUUUUGCAUCUAACUUCGCCAACGAUAAUAGGAAAUUGCAAUUCGACUAAACACUACAGUGUGUUAGUGUAAACACCGUUAUUCUUGAGAACAAUGCU